CUCGAGUGUCUCCGCCCUUCCCGCCUCCCCUUCCUCGGAGCGUCUUAAAAACUCCAGGCCUCAGGCCUACAGCUCUGGGGGUACUUCGGGGGGCGGGGGACUGGGCUGAUGAGUAACCCCUCCCCCCAGGUCCCAGAGGGUGAAGCCUCUACUUCUGUCUACCGGCCCAAGAGUUCCAUGGCCUCCGCCUCCCGCCGCCAGCGCCGAGAGCGUCGCUUCCGUCGCUACCUGUCAGCAGGCCGGCUGGUCCGGGCCCAGGCGCUCCUGCAGCGACACCCCGGCCUGGACGUGGACGCUGGGCACCCCCCGCCUCUGCACCGAGCCUGUGCCCGCCACGAUGCCCCGGCCCUGUGCCUGCUGCUGCGGCUGGGGGCAGACCCUGCCCACCAGGACCGACAUGGUGACACGGCGCUGCAUGCUGCCGCUCGCCAAGGCCCUGAUGCCUACAAGGACUUCUUCCUGCCACUACUGAGUCGCUGCCCUUCAGCCAUGGGAAUAAAGAAUAAGGAAGGGGAGACGCCUGGGCAGAUUCUAGGAUGGGGACCCCCCUGGGAGUCUGCUGAAGAAGAAGAGGAAGAAGAGGAAGCCUCCAAAGAGAGAGAAUGGAGAGAGAAGAUACAGGGAGAACUGGAAGAUGAAUGGCAGGAAGUCAUUGGGAGAUACGAAGAUGAUGUUUCCCACGAGACCCAGGAACCUGAGUCCUUCUCAGCCUGGUCAGAUCGCCUGGCCAGGGAGCAUGCCCAGAAACACCAGCAGCAGCACCGUGAAGCCCUGGGAGCCCGUCGACCCCCACGGGCUGAGGGCCCUAGUCGCAGCUGGAGGCAGCAAGAGGAAGAGCAGCGACUUUUUCGAGAGCGAGCCCGGGCCAAGGACGAAGAACUGCGUGAGAGCCGAGCCAGGAGAGCGCAAGAGGCUGCUCAUGGGGGCCAGGACCAAGGGCCAGAGCCCACCAGGGUGGGGCCCAGGGCAGAGCAACCCGGAGGAGUGGGCAGAGGCAGCCUCUGGCGCUUUGGCGAUGUGCCCUGGCCCUGCCCUGGUGGAGGGGACCCAGAGGCUAUGGCUGCUGCCCUGGUGGCCAGGGGUCCCCCCUUGGAGGAGCAUGGGGCUUUGAGAAGGUACUUAAGGGUCCAGCAGGUUCGCUGGCACCCUGAUCGCUUCCUGCAGCGAUUCCGAAACCAGAUUGAGACCUGGGAGCUGGGCCGGGUGAUGGGGGCUGUGACAGCUCUUUCUCAGGCCCUGAAUCGCCAUGCGGAGGCCCUCAAGUAACCCCAGAGAUAGAGCCAGAAACUGCAGGGAUGUAGCCGUGGGGCAGGGCAGUCGGAAGAGUCCAGUCAGGUCAGGGCCAGGGUAAUCGGAAGAGGCAGCUGUGCUGCACCCAGGAUAUGGGGUGGGGUUGAAACUUGUGAUGAGCGGGUUGGGGGCAGGCUCCACCACUGUCCUCAGCUCUGCCAUUUCCUAAUAAGACCUGGUUCCACAUCUCA